GUGUGACGUUGGGACGGGAGCAGACAGAGCUGCAGCAGCUGGAUCGACUCUCGCCGCGGACCAGAACAUCCUCACCCUGCGGAACGCACUAAGUGUUUCUCACCGUGGAUCCGACCGUCCAGGUCCACAAUCACAAUCCGCCAUGAGAGACUACUCCUCCGCGCCGGGACAUGGGGGCGCCUGCAUGCCGUGCUGCCAAGUUUGCGUGUUCGCCUUUACCGCAUUUCUCAUCGUUGCAGAGAGGACGGCGCUGAUCUAUUGCUUUGUGUACUAUCUGUGGGUGGGUCACAACUACUGCUAUGCCCAUCUUUCCGGCUUCACUGCACUGUUCCUGCUGCCAGGUUGGGGUCCUCAGUGGCUCAGUUAUCUGUGGUACCUGUGUGAUGGACGCAUCCGCAGGAAGUCUCUCACCUGGACACACAUACUGCACCUGGGUAUCUUCAGAAGGCUGUGGGAGUGCAUGUGUCUGCAGGACUAUGAUUUGUAUGGAGAGAUCAUGCAGCAGGCUGACGUGUCCGCCUUGCGUCUGUUCGAGGCGUUGGUGGUGACCCUCCCUCAGACGCUGCUGCAGACCUAUGUCCUCAUCUGCACUGAUAUAGGAAUCAAAUCUCCAGCCUCGGUGUGUUUUGUGGUGUGUUUGUUAUCUCUUGCCUGGGCCUUGGUCCUUUACGCCCGGGCCUGUUUACUCAUCAGACCUGGACACCUACAGAUGACCCCCGCUGCCAUGCUCUGUCGACUUGUGUGGAGGAUCAGUAUGUUAGGAUCUCGAUUUGCGAUCCUCAUGCUCUUCACACGUAUCUUCAAACAAUGGAUCCUGGGAGUCAUUGGUGUGCAUUGGUUGGGUGCAACUUUUUGGAUGGUGUCUCAGCAGACUGACAUCAUCCGUUCAAGUAAUCGAUGGAGACUCUUCAACCUUGUUCUGGGAGCUGUUCAUAUCUUCCUUUUCCUCAAUGUGAAGUACGGCCAAUCCAGAUACCGCAUGGCUGGCUUCUACCUGGCCAUGUUCAUAGAGAACGCUUUUCUUCUUCUGGCCUUCUCGUGGCUGUUUACCAUGGUGUCCUGGGACACUGUGGGGAUCCCAGCUGCAGUGUUCUGUAGCUUCCUCAUUGGAGUCAUAGCGUUGGUGAUGUAUUAUCGUUUCCUCCAUCCCAAGUCCUUUGAGAUUUUCCAGAGUAUUCGCCACAGGGGAAUAGGCGGAGCCUGUGCUGAGCGUGGAUCUACGCUAUCAUUGGAGGAGAAAGUCACGCCUACUUUCCAUCGCCAUGCAACAACACUGACCGGAGGCGGGACCCUUAUGGAUCUCCCUAUCCAAUGGGAAGGCUGGAAACAUCACCACUGGCUGCUGAUUCGCUUAGCCAUGAAGACGGGGGAUGUGUCUAAGAUCUGGUCGUCGUAUGGCGAGGGGGGAUUGGCCGGACUGAUGGGUCUGCCUGAAGAAAUCCACUCCCCUGAUGUACAUCAUCGGGGUCCACUUAUUCCGCCGCAGGUUCCUCAGAUCUCACAACCAGCCCCUCAACCGGCUCCACCUGAGGUCAGCCCGGCUCCACAGGUGCUAGCGGACGUCCCACCUCCAAAGCCGGCUCUCUCAACUGUCAUAGCCAGACCAGUUAGAAAAGCUCCACCUACAACCAUCCAGGAUUUGAGACAUUUCCCAGAGAUCGCCCCUUUCCAGGAGGUCAUCAUGGAGGAGUCUGCAGAAGAAGAGUCCAGAGCUACACCAUCAGAAAGAGGUGAUGAUGACUUUCUGAGUGCUGCUUACGCCUCGCCCUCACUUUCCUCCCCGCUGCAACCAGACAGCUUCUGUCACAUCGACAGCAACAUGUCCCUGACCGAAGCCUCGUCCUCCGUAGCCUCGCUGGACAUCAAGACUCCCGUCUGGUCACCUGAGCGACGCUCCUCUCUCAUGAUCAUCAGUUCCCCAGAUAAAAAACCAUCGCUCCCCGGAGAGUCCAGCCACACGCUGUACUUCAGCGCGGAUGCUCAGUCCCCCUCCAGUGGGAGCUAUCUUGGCUGGGGCUCUGAAUUAUCGCCCAUCUCCACUUACAGGAGUCCUUACCGGAUCAGGGAGGCUCGUUUCAUCCCUUCCACACCACGUCUGGAGGCUCGAGCCAGGGCUGAAAGUCCAGGUCCGUCCUCUGUGGUUAUCACCCCUGCCACUCCUGGUACAACACCGGGCCCGACCCCAGGAGGGACCCCUGGAACAUCGACCCCUACCGCUUCAACUCCCGGUACUACAACACCCGCUGCUUCAACCCCUGGUACUGCCACACCUGUAGCUUCCACUCCUGGUGCUUUGACUCCUGUUGCGACCACACCCGGUGCUCAAGUCGUUCCCCUCACUCCGGUCCUCGCCCACGCUCGCAAACAGAUGGUGCAGGUGGUGGACAGCAGAGAGAGGUUGGUGUAAGGAGGAUGGGGGGUGAAGGGGAGGAUGUGGGCAGUGAUGUCUUUUUUUUGUUAAGCAGUUAUGAUAUACAUAAAUUCAUGCAUCUUGGCUAUCUAUCUAGGGGGAGUUCAAGGAAUACUUCAACCCCCAAAAUUAACAUUUGUAUAACAAUUAUUCGUAUGCCUCAAUUCUUGAAGAGUCAAAACCCUUAAUUUAAGUUAACAGGGGUUGCGUUUAACAACAGCAAAACUGUAUCAAAACAUCCAAUACAAUUAAAGUCUCGUUUAUCAAGUCAGAAACGUAUUACUUCCCUAACACAUGCAAUUUUGCUAAACCUUAAUUUUAGUCCAGGAACGCUUCUUGGCCAUGCCAGUCCGAAGAGUUUAUAGGGAAGUUUGAAAUGAAAAGGCAUGAAAAGGUAUGAAAGUGCAGAAGCAUUUCUUCAAUAAUUCAAGCUAACACAGGGGGACUUACAGGAUACAAGGGUUACAUAAUAGAAAAUAAGCGUGCAUUGGUAUCACACUUGCCAACCACAGGAAAUUAUCUAAAUUCUCAAUAAUAGUACCUCUGGCUUUGCUGUGUGUAUAACGGUCUUUAAAAAGGGAAGCGAUGCAUUAGGACCGUGUUGCUGCACAUUACUGCUAGAUGGUUGGUGUGCCUGCAGGAAGGAGGGUGAUGUAGGAAACUCUUUGCAAGCUACUGUGAAAAGGCUAAAGGGGAAGCAUCUGGUGAAUUUAAAUGUAUGAGGCGAGGCACAUGGUCGUCUGGUUCCUGCCGAGGCAAUCACAAGCCAUUCUAAAUAUUCAGUCCUAUAAAACCAUUAAUACAAAAAGAUGGUACGCACUACAGAUCAUUAUUAACAGAAGAUUGAAUCUCGUUACUCAUCAAGAGAACACACAGAUUCAAAGGUGCUAAUGAAUGUGGGGCAUGCUUUCAUUUAGAUUAUAAACCCUUCCGAUUUUUGGGGAAAAUAACCAUAACAAACCGCAGGCAGAGUAGACAGCUGAGAUUUGCUUUUUUGUUUUACUUAUCAUAAACAUUACGAGCAUAUUAAAUUAUGAGCUGUGAGGAAAUCAAAUAACAUGAUAAAGUCAGAGACUUUUUGAAUUAACCAGGUACUUUAAAAUAGUUUACAAACACCAACAUGCUGAAUCUCUUCUAACUCUUCUCGCAAAUGAAUCUUUCUUUUUUUAUUCUGAUAUAAUCAAACUAAUAAUCUGCAAUGAAAUAUCAAAAUACUGCAAACCUAAAGCUUUUACGAUGAUGUUGAACAUCCCGUCCAGUAUUCAGGAAGCCACUCAUUCAUGCCACGAGUUAUUUCCUGUGUCCACUACAGUACACUACACUACAGUACAGUACAGUACAGUAAAAUACAAUACAGUACAUAACACACAGUAGUGACACAAACUCUUAUUGCAAUCUGUUAAACAGUUAAUCAUCUAUUCACUGAUGUAAACAUCCAAUAAAUGCUCGAUUUUUUCUUUGCUAAUUUUAAUUGCAAACAUUUCAGCUGGCACUUUACAGCAGAAGGGUGCAGCUACAGUAUCAUGAUGUGUGUAGACUACACUUUAUAACAUUAGAACAUUAAGGCUUUUAACUUGAUUAUUUAUUUAUUUAUUUAUUAUUGUGAUGCUUUGAACUAUUUAUAGUGUAAAUUAUAAUUAUUCACAUCUGUGCUCCCGGGUGUAUCUGUGUGUUUUUGUUUUCUUCUUGUAUGUUCCUGCCUGUGUACAUGACAUAAGCUGCUGCUCAUAACCAAUUGCCCCUUGCGGGAUUAAUAAAGUUGUUGAUUGAUUGAUUGAGAAUAUGUAAAAGAGAAAUUGUAGUAGAAUAUAAAAUAUUGAAGGGAUAUCAGAUCCCAUUUUAUUACAUGCCUUUCUUUGUAUCCGUAUCAUUUCUUUUUAAGUUAAUGAUGGCUUGUUUUAUGAUAUCUAUUUUACAAACAAAUAUUUUGUUUGGUAUUACAUUUUACUCAGUGAUUCUUCUCAUAGCAUUCAGAAUUAUUUUGAAAAGUGCAACUUUUAAAAUGUUGCUGAACAAGAAAUAAUUUACUCAAAUGUACACAAUACAGAGGAGAACCCUAUUUUAACAAAGUUUAAAUAUAAUAUGUACAGUGGGGCAAAAA